CUCAUUGCCAUGCACUUCACCAACUCCUUUCCUAUAUAUCCUUCACCCGGCCAUCUCUUUCAUAACUAUGAGAAAGAACAUGGUUUUAGUUUUUCUUCUAUUCAGCUUCUUUUUGGCAGCUUCGGCUGGCAACUUCAACCAAGAUUUUGCAAUCACAUGGGGUGACGGGCGUGCAAAAGUACUCAACAACGGGCAGCUUCUCACGUUGUCUCUCGACAAGGCCUCCGGCUCCGGUUUUAAGUCGAAGAAUCAGUACUUAUUUGGCAAGAUUGACAUGCAGAUAAAGCUUGUGCCCGGCAACUCCGCCGGAACCGUCACUGCUUACUAUUUGUCUUCUUUAGGGUCAGCUCAUGACGAAAUCGACUUUGAAUUCCUGGGUAAUCUUAGUGGAGACCCUUAUAUUCUCCAUACUAACGUAUUCACAAAGGGAAGCGGCAAUAGGGAGCAACAGUUCUAUCUUUGGUUCGAUCCCACCAAAGACUUCCACACCUACUCCAUCCUUUGGAAUCCUCGAACCAUCGUUUUCUCAGUGGACGGUACUCCCAUUAGAGAAUUCAAGAAUUUGGAAUCAAAGGGCAUCUCUUUCCCCAAGAACCAAGCGAUGUGGAUAUUCUCCAGCCUCUGGAACGCCGACGAUUGGGCGACACGCGGUGGCCUUGUGAAGACCGAUUGGAGCCAAGCCCCAUUCACUGCCUCUUACAAAAACUUCAACGCCCAAGCUUGCGUUUGGUCUUCAGGUUCCUCCUCUUGUUCCUCCAAUUCCUCCGGUAGCUCCAGCUGGUUGUCGGAAUCCCUUGACGCCACCGGGAAAGAAAGAAUAAAGUGGGUGCAAAAGAAUUACAUGAUUUACAACUAUUGCACUGAUCUCAAACGCUUCCCGCUGGGACUCCCUACCGAAUGUUCAGUUGCAUGAAUUUACAUAUGUACUUUGUCUUCUAUAAGUGAAAAAUAGGGACCUUUUCUAGUUGUUUUUUAAGGUUGUCGGGACAGAGUGAACUGAGAAAGGGGGGAUUUCUGUUUACAAUUCAUUUGAUUGUCUUUUUAUGUGUUUGUGUAUGUAUUUGUAUAUGUAUAUGAAUAUAUAUAGAUCGAGAAUAAAUUAUCAAUUUCUUUUC